AUGGAUGUCCACGAGCCUGAAGACAAAACAGUUGCUUCCUCUCCUCUGUCAUCCAACAGAAACAAUGGCGUGUGGCUGAUCUUUUUCAUGCUGGGUUUGGGAACUCUCCUGCCGUGGAACUUCUUCAUGACAGCCACCAUGUAUUUUGCCAGCCGUCUCAGAGACCCCACCCAGAUAUCAACCGACAAGCCCUACGACCGUAAUCCUAUGGAGACCAGUUACAAUAACGUAUCGACARUUUGUGCCAUGGUACCUUUACUGAUCUUCACCUGUCUCAACUCAGUCCUGCAUCACAGGAUUCCUCUAAAGUUCCGGAUCACGGGCAGCCUGGCYGUGAUURUGGUGCUGUUUCUUAUCACGGCCAUCGCGGUGAAAAUAGACAUGGCCGCGGUCCCUUUCUUCACAUUAACCGUGAUCAAGAUUGUUAUCAUAAACUCCUUUGGAGCUAUCCUGCAGGGCAGUCUGUUUGGCAUGGCAGGCCUUCUGCCCGCCAAAUACACCACACCCAUAAUGAGUGGGCAAGGCCUGGCAGGCACUUUCGCUGCCUUCUCCAUGAUCUGCGCUAUCGCAAGUGGCUCAGCACUAAAUGAUGUUGCUUUUGGAUACUUCCUCACAGCCUGUGUAGUGAUCAUAUUGGCCAUAAUGUCCUAUGCGAUCCUCCCUAAACUGGUGGCUCAGCACUAUGAUGUUGCUUUUGGAUACUUCCUCACAGCCUGUGUAGUGAUCAUAUUGGCCAUAAUGUCCUAUGCGAUCCUCCCUAAACUGGAGAUCUACCGAUAUUACAACAAAAGACAAGGAGGAAACAGGCUUAGUAACGAGGGGAACAGGCUGGAAGAAAAUGCUGCAGCGACUACAACAGUUCUCGACCAAGGAGAAGAGAAACAAACCGUGUCCAUGUUGACCAUCUUCAAGAAGAUCUGGGUCCUGGCUCUCUCUGUAUGCUUUGCCUUCACCGUCACCAUCGGUGUCUACCCUGCUGUCACAGUGGAUGUCAAGUCUACCGUCGCUAACGGAGGCGCCUGGGAGAUGUACUUCGUCCCCGUGUGUUGUUUCCUGCUCUUUAACCUGAGCGACUGGGCCGGGAGAAGCCUUACUGCUGUGUGCAUGUGGCCUGGGAAGGAAAGCAAACUGGUGCCCAUUUUUAUGGUGGCCCGUGUGAUCUUUGUGCCUCUCUUCAUGUUGUGCAACGUUCAGCCCCGCUACAACCUGCCUGUCGUCUUUCAACACGAUGCCUGGUUCAUCGUCUUCAUGAUCCUCUUCGCCUUCUCCAGUGGAUACCUGGCCAGCCUCUGCAUGUGCUUCGGGCCCAAAUUAGUUGCUCCUAAUGAGGCAGAGACGGCUGGUGCCAUCAUGGCCUUUUUCCUGUCCCUGGGUUUGGCUCUGGGAGCAUCCUUCUCAUUCCUCUUCAGAGCCAUAGUCUAAAAUAGCCCCCUGUGAGGAGCAUGCAUAACCCAAACAUAACAUAACCCAAACAUAACAUAACCCAAACAUAACAUAACCCAAACAUAACAUAACUAACAUAACUCUUGCAUUGCAACAGAUUCUCAACUGUUUGUGUAUAUUUUUAAACAAGUGAUACUGAUUCACUUCAAAUCUGGUCAUCCAAAGAACAGAAAGUGUGGCAAGCAGCUUAAGGCCUGUAUUCAAUCCGAUCACGCUUUGUCAGCUAGGCUAUGUGCUAUUUAAAGGUAAUUUCCGAUUGAGCGGACAUACUGUAUGCAGCAUUUACCGUUGAAGUGGUCUUGCAUGAAUACCUUUAAAAGGUGCAUAGCCAGCAAGGCGCGAUCAGAAUGAAUCCUGGCCUUAUUAGUAGUAUCAAAUCAAAUUUUAUUUGUCACAUACACAUGGUUAGCAGAUGUUAAUGUGAG